UCCUAAGACAUAAAGGUAGACUGGUCUUCAUCAGGACAGAAAAAUAGGACAGACAGAGAAGUGAAAAGCUGAAUGUUUUAAGAAAAGACAAUUAAGCUAAAAAAAAAAAAAGUUUUCUGUAUAGGAUCCCAACUGUAAUGGGAUAUAAGAAAGAGGAAAGGCAUAUCUAGUGAUCCAAUCAGAGAUGAGUGUUAAGAAUUUCAAGAGUCAAUUCCAAAAUUCCAGGUGUUCUAGGGCAAUGACUUUUGAAAGUGAGUCAAUGGGCAAUGGGAACCCUGAAGAGGAGACGCAUCAGGCAGAGGGGAAGACCGUAGCAGUAAAUGGCAAAGCAGAUAUCUCUGCAAAGCAAGAGGCCAAUGGGAAAUACGACAGGCCCCGAAAAAGGUUCACUUGGCAGGAGAUCCAGAGACACAACCAGAAAGAAGACCAGUGGCUGGUGAUUGACCGCAAGGUCUACAAUGUCACUGACUGGGCCAACAGACAUCCUGGCGGGCACCGUGUCCUCAACCACUAUGCAGGGCAAGACGCCACGGAUGUCUUCAGAGCCAUGCAUGAUCAUCUGGACAUUGUGCAAUUGUACCAGAAGCCACUACUCAUUGGAGAACUUGACCCAGGAGAACCCAGCCAGGAGAAAAACAAAAAUGCACAGCUGGUGGAAGAUUUCCAGGCACUGAGGAAGUCUUUGGAGGCCAUGAAGAUGUUCGAUAUCAACCUGGGAUUCUUCUUCCUCCAUUUCUGUCAGAUCAUUAUUUUAGAAACUCUGGCUUGGCUAACAGUGUAUCAUUUGGGCACAAGCUGGCCAGUAACAAUAUUCAUUUCCAUUAUCCUCGCAAUAUCUCAAGCCCAGUCUUUUUUACUGCAGCAUGACCUGGGACAUAUCUCCAUAUCUAAGAAGCUCAAGUGGAAACACCUGAUGCAACGAUUGGUGAUGAGUAAUUUCAAGGGCCUAUCUAUAGAUUGGUGGAACCACCGGCAUUUCCAACACCAUGUGAAAACAAACAUCUACCCCAAAGAUCCAGACGUUGAUGCUGGUGCACUUUUUCUACUUGGGAAAACACAUGCAGUCAAGUUUGGCAAGAAGAAAAUCAAGUACAUCAACUAUGAAAAGCAGCACUUGUAUUUCUGCAUGGUUGCAGUUCCUUUCUUCGUGCCUGUGUAUUUCAACAUGAGUAGCAUAUACUUUAUGUACCUCCACUGGUGUUGGGUGGAUAUUGCCUGGGUCGCCAGCUUUUACAUUCGGAACUUGAUCACAUUUGGACCUUUCUAUGGGAUCUUUGGAACCAUGUUGCUCAUACUUCUGGUCAAGCUUCUCGAAAGUCCCUGGCUGGCAUACAUCACCCAGAUGAGCCAUAUUCCAAUGGAAAUGAAUGAAGAGAAAAACGAACACUGGUUCAGCACUCAGGUCAUAGCCACCUGCAAUGCUGAACAGUCUUUUUUCAAUGACUGGUUCACUGGGCACCUGAACUUCCAGAUUGAGCACCAUCUGUUCCCUACUAUGCCACGACACAAUUAUCACAAAGUAGCACCUCUGGUGAAGUCACUCUGUGCCAAGCAUGGACUGCAGUAUGUGAAUAAGCCCUUGUUGAAGGCGUUUGGAGAUAUUGCCAGGGCCUUGAAGAAAUCCGGAGCCCUCUGGGCGGAGGCUUACUAUGAAACUUGAAACUGAUCAUCAACUUGGAAUUGUGUGACUUCCUGUGUCUGGAGAAAUCAGAAGCAAAGUCAAAGCUCUUCCUUUUUGGUGCCAUUGGCAUACCUGAAUAUUUCUGGAGUGUCAAUGCUGAAGACAUAUGAGAACCCAUUCCCUGAAGAUUUUUUUUUCAUUAAAUUAGAAGCAAAUAAAACUCAAGAUGACUUGGCCAGGGUGGUUAAUGGAAAAAUGAGAGUACGAUGUGCUUGGUAUCUUAUCAAAUCUAUUUUUAGCUUAAUAUGACUUUAUAAGUAAUUGAAUAAUGGCUUAUGGGACUAUAUGAUUACAGGGGUUUAGUUCCACAUCAUAUGCACCAUCAAAGUUCUGUGCCCCAACCCACCUCAAUUCUAACCCACCACAGUUUUGAUAAAGUGUUAGAGACUGUUUGAAUACUUUGUAUUUGAUGAGUGGAAGAAAGAUCACAUGUUUUGAUUCCCUCAGUUUUAUGUGUUUACUAUGAAAAUUUGUGUCUUUUACCUCUUUACUUACUUAAACACUACCAUCUUCAAUUUAGUCCUAAUAACAGGCCUUGAUCACAGCAUCUCAGUAACUGGGGCCUGGGUACAGGAAUCAAGGGAAAUAUUUUAUUUUAAUAAACUGAGCACAGGCAAAUUGUGCCAAAGGAGGAAAACUUUAACAGGAUUAUAUAUCACAAUUGUUCUUAAAAAAAAAAAAAGAAAAGAAAAAGAAACAUGUAUUUAAGAAGCUCCUGUUGAACUUUUUUUUGCUUAGCUUAAUUUUUGAAUGUAAUCUUAAUUCAACUUUAAUUUACAUGUGUUAACUUCUUUAGAAACUGAGUGCAAUUAACAAAAUAUCUUAAGAUGCUUCUAUAUCUGCUUCAAACUUGUGUAACUGUACUUGUAUGUCUUCGUAUAAUUAAGUGCAUUUAAACAGCCUCUGCAUUUUAAAAAUCUCUUUUAUUGGGGUGGAUUGGUGAAUUACAGUAGAUACAGUUGUUGGUACAUGUGUAAAAUUUACCAAUUUUCUGCAAAUAUUCUCACCUCCAUCCUAGAUUCUCCAUCAUCAUGGACCUGAACAGCCCCCUUCCUAGCCCCUUCCCAGAGUCCUUUACUUUGGUGCAAUAUACCAAGUACAUCCCAAGUUCUACUUUGUGUUUCCCCUUUUUGUUCUUGUUUCUCCACUUCUGCCCAUGAGUAAAAUCAUCCAUAUGUAUCCUUCUCUUUCUGACUUAUCUCGCUUAACAUAAUUUUUUCAAGCUCUAUUCAAGAAGAAGUGAGAAAGAUGAGUUCAUUCAGACCUAGUAGCAAACCAAUCAAGCCAAUUAAGGUGCAAUAUUUAAAGAUGAGUGUGCUCUGCCAAAAUAAAAUAAACAAUAAUCAUAAUGGACUUUUGCUGAGUCAUAAGCUUAUUUGCAUAACCCUUAGUCAACAGAAGUACUUUUUAUUUCACUGUUCAGUAACCUCGAUAAGAGAACAUGUGUUUGUGGACAGAGGAUAGAUAGCAUAAUGGUUACCCAAACGGACUCUCAUGCCCGAAGCUUUCAAGUGCCACGUUCAAUCCCCCAUACCACCAUAAGCCAGAGCUGAACAGUGCUCUGGUAAAAAAAAUAAUUAAUAAAAAUAAAUAAAUAAAUAAGAAUAAUAAAAACAUGUGUUUCAGUGUAUAACACUUAAUGGUAUGUAUAUACAUUCCUUAUAUUGGAGAGCUACUCUCUCCCCUGAUCCAUAUUUCUAAUCCUAUUCUCAACCCUGACACUAUCUUCCCAAAUAAAACUUUUAGUCCACCUUCAUGUUAGCUAUCAGGCUGACAAAAAUUGCUACAGUCAUGGGGCCCUUGGAACAUACUUAGAAUAGAUAAAACAGACUUCCCAUCUUCUUCCCACACAAAUACCCCCUCAUUCUAUCUGCUCUGUUCCUACCUUUGAGUUCCUUAGAGUUAUUAAAAAAUUUGUCCUACUUUAUAUCUACCCACUUUUCAGCCACCAAGUUCCACGUGCUACCAUGAUGCCAUCCUGAACUCCGUGGGCAGACCAACUCACCAAUGUGUCGUAAAACCUCACCUCUCCAGAGCUCUACCCCAAUAGGGAAAUAUAGAAACAGGCUGGAGACAUUCAUCCACAUGCUAAUGCUCAUGUCCUGUGGAAAAGCAAUUACAGAAGCCAAAACUCCUGCCUUGUGCACCCCAUAAAGAAUUUUGGUCCAUACUCCCAGAGGGAUAAAGAAUAGGGAAGCUUCCAAUGAAGGGGAUGGGAUAAGGAAAUCUGGUGGUGGGAACUGUGUGGAAUUGUAUCCCUGUUAUUUUACUAUUUUGGUAAUCAUUACUAAAUCACUAAUAAAUUUUUUAAAAGAAGCAUACUGUUGUAGACAAGUGUAUAUCAAGUAUAUCACUAUUUUUCAGGCUUAGUAUCAAUUAAACAUGUCUUUUUUAUUUUUAUUUUUUAGCAUGUCUUACAGUGAGAUCACUUCAGACAUCUAAAU